UGGUAGCUCCUCCUGUUGGCCACAGGUGUCGCUGUGGAGCAGCUGCAGAGACCUUCAAGCAGCGGCUGCAGCGCUCACUCUCAUUUCACUCACUGAGGACCUGCAGGACCUGUCGCACCUGGGACUCUUGUGGACUCGCUGCGAUGCUGCUGCAGGGAGGAUCUUCUGCUGUUCUGUUCCUUUUUGUUCAUCUCGAGGUGUUGGGGUUCAACCUGGACACCAAACAUGUCCUCAGGAAAGACGGGGAGCCGGACUCUCUGUUCGGCUUCUCUCUUGCUCUGCACCGACAAAUCAACCCGGAUAAAGUCAUGUUGCUGGUCGGUGCCCCCAAAGCCAAGGCUUUAAACAGUCAGAAGUCCAAAAUCACUGGAGGCCUUUAUAAGUGUGAAAUCACGCAGUCUGCUGGCUGUGAACGUGUUGAGUUUGAUAAUGAAGAGGACCCAAAAACUGAGAUCAAAGAGAACCAGUGGAUGGGUGUGACUGUUCAGAGUCAGGGACCUGGGGGAAAGAUCAUGACAUGUGCUCAUCGUUAUCAGAAGCUUUCCUCAGAUACUCACACCACUCCUGGGCGCUGUUACCUCUUCAGUCAGGACUUGACAUUUGACCUGUCCUCUGGUACGGACGGAGGAGAGUGGACCUUCUGUGAUGGCAGGAACAAAGACCAUCAUCUUUAUGGAUUCUGCCAGCAGGGCUUAGCAGCCACUUUCACCAAGGACUACCAUUAUGUGGUGUUUGGAGCCCCGGGAGGUUUCAACUGGCAGGGUAUUGUGCAACUUGACCAAAGAAACAACACUUUAAUAGAAAUGGAAAUAUUUGAAGACGGCCCUUUUGAGGUUGCAGAUGAGCUCAAUUCUGUACCUGCUAACAGCUACCUUGGAUUCUCUCUSGAUUCGGGACACCACAUCAUGAAAAGUCGUGACCUGACGGUGGUGGCUGGAGCACCAAGAGCCAAUCACAGUGGAGCUGUAGUCCUGCUGAAACGAGAAAAUGAACUCUCUGGCAAACUUUUGUUGGAGCAUGUUCUGUACGGGCCGGGACUGGCAUCUUCCUUUGGAUACGAUGUGGCUGUGGUUGACCUAAACGGUGAUGGAUGGCAGGACAUAGUUGUUGGAGCCCCUCACUUCUAUAUGAAGGGCAGAGACAUUGGUGGAGCUGUUUAUGUUUACAUUAACAAGGCCGGACUUUGGGAAAAUGUCUCUCCUGUCCGUCUAAAUGGGAACAAAAACUCAAUGUUUGGACUGGCAGUGGAGGACAUCGGAGACAUCAAUCAAGACUCUUACAGAGAUCUUGCAGUUGGAGCUCCACUGGAAGAUGACGGGACAGGAAUGGUCUUCAUUUAUCAUGGAUCUGCACAAGGAGUCCAAACCCCUCCUGCGCAGACCCUUUCAGGUAAAAAGCACAACAUCAAAUUCUUUGGACAUUCCCUGACAGGCAACAUGGACGUGGAUGGUAAUUCUUAUCCAGAUCUGGCUGUAGGAUCUCUGUCAGAUUCAGUUGUAAUUUACAGAGCAAGGACAGUCAUUACCAUAACAAAACAAAUCAAAGUAUUGCCAAAAGAAAUUGACCUCAGUCGUGCGACCUGUGGAAACAGCUUUUGCUUCACAGUGGAAACAUGCUUCACCUUCAACGGGAAGCCUGAGUUUUACAACCCAGUGCUAACUAUCAGUUACUUUGUUGAGGCAGAUGGACUUCGCCAGAAACAAGGGCUGAACUCCAGAGUGACGUUCCUGAACGAAUCCCAAGCUGAAUCUGACAACCAGUUUAUUGGCACUAUGGACAUCCAGGGUCAAAACAAGCCAAGCUGCAUCAGCUUAACAGCCAAACUUAAGGACAACAUUAAGGACAAGAUGAGGAGCAUUAUCGUUGAAGCUUCUGCAGAAGUCAUUGGCGUGAAACAACAGAAAACAAAAAAUGGCCUCCUUGAGUUAUUGCCCAUUUUAGACCCUACUCAACUCAAAGCGAGCACAGAGGAAAACAAGCUGAUCUGUGGCACCAACCAGAAUGGAUCUCAAGCAGAGUGCGAGCUGGGAAAUCCAUUUCAAAGAGACUCAACGGUUACAUUUUAUAUUAUCCUGAGCACUUUUGGCAUCUCUCUCGACACCACUGAGAUAGAGAUUUAUCUGCAGCUUCAAACGACCAGUGAACAAGCUGAACUUGCUCCUGUGCAAGUUAAGAGUAAAGUCAUAGUUAAAUUACCGUUGUCAGUAAGUGGUGAAGCCAAACCAAGUCAGGUUUCCUUCGGGGGUAUUGUGACAGGAGAAAGUGCGAUAAACAAUGAAGAGGAGAUCGGAAGUUUAAUCAGCUUUACCUUCACUAUCAUCAACUUGUGGAAGUCUUUGGGGCCUUCUGUCAGAGCCUCCCUUCACAUCCAUUGGCCUAAAUCCAACAAAGAUGGCAAAUGGCUCCUGUACCUGGUGAAGGUCACAUCUCAUGGACCUGAAGGUGUUGUCUGCUCCCCAGAAUCCGAGAUCAACCCUCUGAAACGCAUUAGGGAGUCCUCUGUGUCGCGGACAAAACGAGGAAUUGUCACAAAAGAAAGAAAUGCUGGUGGCAAAAUAUCUUUUCUUACAGGAAAGAAUAAUGUUUUGUCCUGUGAGAAAGAAAACAGAUGUGUGGUGCUGAAGUGCCCCCUGCAGGGAAUUGAUGGUACAACAGUUGAACUGAGAUCUCGUCUGUGGAACUCCACCUUUAUAGAGGAAUUUGCUUCUUUUUCAUCUGUGCUUUUAGCUGUGAAGGCUUCACUGGUGCUUGACAAUAAGAACCUGAUCCUGGAAAAUCCUGACACAACUGUGAUGGUGUCUGUGUCUCCUGACAGCUCAGUAGCUCAGUUUGGUGGAUUACCCUGGUGGAUCAUACUUUUGGCUGUCCUCGCGGGACUCUGUAUUUUGGCUUUCAUGGUGUUUUUACUGUGGAAGUGUGGCUUCUUCAAACGCCCCCAACAGACCGUCAGCAUCCCUCGCUACCAUGCUGUGAAAAUAAAAAAGGAAACUCUUCUGCAUCGCGAUGGCAAAGUCAAACUUGAUGGUUUUGAGAAGAAGCAGUGGAUGACGACAUGGACUAACAAUGACAGUCACUCCUGAUUGUUCAUUUCUUGAAUGAGAAUCUGCUUAACCUGUGCCAAAAACGGAUUGAAUUUUUAUCAUUGUUAAUUUAAUUUUUUGUGCAAAUGAGUGUGUUUUUAAAUGUAAAUAAUUCUUUGAAGGAAUGAAUCCUGUUUAAGAAUGUGGCCGUGUCCCAAUUCAGAGGCUGCAUAUGUUGAAGGACAUAUUUUAAAGUUGGUUUUGUCUCCAAGGCCAAGUGUGGCUGAAGGAUGGUGACGUGCAACAAUCAGCAGUGAAAUCAGUACAGAAUCAGCUUUGAUUUCACUUUUUAAAGUAAGUAUAAGGGUAAUUUUCAAAAAUAUGAUUUAUAUUAUAAAUGUAUAAACAAAUGUGUGCUCAUGUCUAACAUCUAUGAAACUAAUUCUCAAAGUAACAUUAGGAACUUGAUUUUAAUGCAGACACUAUUUUAUUUGCACAUUAACCUUACUAGAUUUCUUUCAAGUUUAUACCAGUAGGUUAAAGUUUUUUGUUUUUACAAGAAAUCAACUUUUCUAUCAGUGUACUAAUUUGCAUUAAUAUAAAUAAUUAUUUGUAAUUUUUUGUAUUGCUAUUUUUUGCUAAUGUGGCUGCUUUCCUAUAGAGUGCUUUAAUGUGGUUAAGUGUUCCAUUAAAUGUGUUUAUAAAUGAGCAAAGUAGAAAGUUUAUUUAGUCAAACUAGAAAAUAAUUAUGGAGCUAAAUUGGGGUCAUAAUUUUUGUUCAAAAUAAAGUUUUUGAAACUGAAAAAAAGAGAUUUG